UAAAGCAUUGAUGCACUAAUGCAACUUUGCUUUAAUGUUUUGAGCAGGAUGUUCAGUCCACGAUAUUCCUGUCUGUAGUGCGCACUAUGUAGUAAGUACGGGUGGGUUUGGGACAGAGUUGGUGUGCAUGCCGCUGAAGGAGAGAGGGAGGUGAAACAGCAGAGUUGUAGCACGCAGACACACGCGCUCAGGCGGGUUCUGGGUUUCUGUAGCGUGGUGUGAGCAUGGCUGAUGUUUCUGAGAGGACACUGCAGGCCGCCAUUUUGCUCUCCUUUGCCGCAGGGUUUGUGGCAGGCUGGCAGGCGAACCGCGCACGCCGGAAGUUCCUGGACUGGAGGAAGAAACGGCUGCAGGACAAACUGGCGGAGACACAGAAGAAACUAGACCUGUCCUGAACAGAACCGCGACCAGGACAGACACGUCUCAAUCUCUCAAAGCCUGUGACUCUUCUUAUCCUCCUCACUGACCUCUGACUUUGAAGCCUGUCUGUGUAAACCUGACCUCCUGAUAUUCAGCCGUUCGGCUCUGUUUGUCUUCACAUGAUGAAAAAACGCA